AUGGAGUUGUCGUUUCCAGGCAAGUACUAUGAGGUCGCCAAGUACUUUGACUACUACAUUGGCAACCUGGAGGAGAGUCCUCUGCUAUCGGAUGCGCAACGGCUAAUGUUCUAUGCUCUGCGCCAGCAAGCCGAUCACGGCCAGUGCACCACUGCGGCACCAUCGUUCUGGUACUCGAGGGAGCGCCACAAGCAUCAGGCAUGGAAGCAGCUUGGACGCAUGUCUACUUUCGAAGCGAUGGUGUUCUUUGUGCAGCAGUUCGAGCAGCUCCUGAUGCAGUUGGAGAACUCGACUGGGCCAUCAGCGUCCACAUCAGGGGGCGCCACCCCUGCCGGCGGUGUCGAUUGGCCGUCGCGUCUGCGAGAAAUGAAGGCAAAUAGGGCACCGAACACCGGCAACUCCCCGCACAGCAGUGAGGCUUUGGCCAGCGAUGGCGCCCGCGCCAAUAACGACGCUCUCGCUGUACGUCAAGGGCCCUCGCCUGCCACUGCCAGCGAAGAGGUUUGCCAGGAAUCGUCGUCAUCAAAGCUCAGUGCUGCGGAGAUGGCCGAGUGGGAUGCAGAUGUUGUCUCUCACUCGGGGGCCACGGUAGAGAACAUACGCUACCUCGCCACUGAGCUGAUGCGUGCGCGGCAUGCGUUUCGGCAACUGUUGGCGAAAAGUGCGCCAAGUCACAUCCAGCAAAACGGCACCGGCGCUUCCACCAACGGCCCUCCGAUUCGCGCAGGAAGCGCGUGCCUCACUCCCUCUGACGCCGCCCCUGCAGCUGCUGGGCCACCGUUGAAGCCGAUCUGGUGCAGUAACGGUAGCGCCGCUCGUGUACCGAUUGUGCCGCCGCCGGUGCGCCCGUCAGCACGAUCGAUGACAGAGGCCGCCGUGCGCGAUUCAUGCGGGGGGCCACAAUUGAAAAAGAUGCCCGUGGCCACCGACAGACCACUCAGCCCGAGCGCUUUGUCAACGUGGUUCAACUGGUAG